UCUUGUAUCAUUAUCAACUAUAUGAAGUCUCAACGUCAGUUAUGCGAAAAGCCAUAAAACUUCAUAAAUCUAUUUUCAUAUUAGCCUUAAUCAAUUCAGCAUCAACCAGUACAGGAUUAUGGAUAUUCGUUUUUGAAAUUGCAGGCUGCAUCAUAAUUGGAUUUAUUAAGAUUGUUGCUAGAUGCAUAGCAGUUGAUAUGGUAGUUGUAUUUAGCAUCCAUUUUGUAUGA